AUGCGUGCUAAGGUAUUCAAUACCGAUCACUGUGGCGGUGAAACCGAAAGCAAUCCUUCCGAUCAGUGCACUGCCUCGCAGAUCCUGGAGCCGACUGACGAGUCCCCUGUUAAGAGUUAUUCGAUCUCUUGUAGGCCUUUUGCUGGCUGGUCGGGGUUUGGAUCUGACUCUUGGGUUUUGGUUUCGCUAGUUGUAGUCCGGCGCUGCGGAUGCACGAGAUAUGCGUCACGGCUUACAUGGGAGUUGUCAUACGUAACUCUCUUCAGCUAA